AUGGCCGAGGCUAAUAACAAAGUUGCUGAUUCAAAUCCGGCUGUGCCGAUGGAAAAGAAGGGACCAAUGACGAAGGAGAAUGUACCGAAGAAUGUUACCUGCACAACGACGACAGCAUACUUUUUGUUUAUGAUUGCGGUUGCUUCAAUAAUAUUGUCAUCAUUGAUAACUUACUGGGUAACAAAGGAAACAUAUGAUCGAUCGCUUGAAAUAAGGCCCUCCGCCGACGCACAACAAGCAAUCGCAAAUGUAUCAGUGGAUGAAUCUCCUAUAGACGAAGAGCUCAGUGGCCCUACCGCGGCUGAACUACGUUUACCGAAAGAUAUUGUGCCCAUAUGGUACAAUUUGACGAUUAAAAUAUAUUUGCCUGGUUAUGUAGAGAUUCCAACAAGCAAGAAUAUGACGUUUGAUGCUGCGCUGAUUAUCAAAUUUCGGGUUGAUGAAAUGACCGAUAAAAUUGUCCUCAACUCCUUGAAGUUGAAUUUUCCUGAUAAUUCGGAAGAAAUCAAGAUUUUGCAGGAUAAAGUUAUUCAAACAGAGCAGUUUUCAAGAGCACGGCGAAAUUUGGAAAAUACAACCUUAGAGGAAUAUAUCACCACCAUCAGAACAACUGAAGCAGAAGAAAUGGAAACUACAAUGGAAAUAAAAGAGAAUGAGACAGAAAGUUCCACUCUUACAUCAGAUAUGAAUUUGGAAGAUCUCGAAUUGGAGAACACUACUGUAGAGCAACGACCGCUGCCGACUAAAGUUGUUGCCGAUGUUCAGGUGAAAAAGAUUGUUGUAAACGAAACAUUGGAAAUGGUAACGUUGUUGCUGGAUGGAAGACUAAACAAGGGACAAGAGUAUUAUUUACAGAUCGCAUAUUCAGGUCCAAUUCAUAUAAAACUUGCUGGUUUGUAUUUGAGUCGAUACCAGAAUGAUCAGGAUAUGACAAGGUUUGUAGCAGUAACGCAAAUGCAGGCAACGGAUGCUCGUCGUAUGGUUCCAUGUUUUGAUGAACCAGAAUUUAAAGCAAUUUGGAAGAUCAAAGCUAUUCAUCCCAUUGGCACCUCAGCUGUAUCCAAUGGGAUUGAAAUGAAAAAUGCUGAAAAAACGGAUAAUCCUGACUGGGUUGUUACUUCAUUCAUCGAGUCACCACCUAUGUCAUCCUAUCUGCUGGCGCUGGCCGUUACUGAUUUUGAUUUCAUUGAAGGGACUACGAGUAUGGGAACAAGGUUCCGGAUUUGGUCUCGCGAGGAAGCUUUAAAUCAAACAAUUUAUGCUCUUAGAGCAGGAAUUUCAGUUUUGGAAUUCUAUGAAGAUUAUUAUAACAUUUCUUUUCCACUUAAAAAGCAAGAUAUGAUGGCUUUGCCAGAUUUUGCUGCUGGAGCAAUGGAAAAUUGGGGUUUAAUAACUUAUCGUGAGAAGUAUCUACUUUAUGAUGAAAGGCUCUAUGCACCAUCUCAGAAAGUUGGUGUCGCCUUGGUUGUCGCUCAUGAACUGGCUCAUCAGUGGUUUGGUAAUUUGGUGACGAUGAAAUGGUGGAAUGAUUUAUGGUUAAACGAAGGCUUUGCAACCUUUAUGGAAUAUCUAGGGACCGAUGCAAUCAGUAAAGGCAGUUUCCGCAUGGGUGAUUAUUUCUUGCAAGAUGCUGUAUAUUCUGCAUAUCGACGUGAUGGACAAGCCACUUCUCAUCCUUUAUCGUUCCCGAUUGAUAAGGCUGAAGAUGUGAGUGAGGCAUUCGAUGCGAUCACAUAUAACAAGGGUUCCGCAAUAAUAUUUAUGAUUCAGCAUGUGAUGGGAUCUGAAAACUUCAAGAAAGGGUUACAUAACUACUUAGAAAGCCACAAGUACCGCAAUGCAGAUCAUGAUGAUUUAUGGAGUGCUCUCAAUGGGGCAGUCCCGGACGCACUAUUGUCAUGGGAGGGCGAUAAGCUUGACAUAAGAGACUUUGCAUCCAAGUGGACUCAACAGAUGGGUUACCCAGUGGUUGAAGUGCGUCGGAUCGAUGAUAAAAAGGUUGAGCUGCGUCAAAAGCGCUUCAAAUGGGAUGAGGAUGCGCUUGAGCGCGAGAAAUUUCGCAAUGCUAGGUUUUGGUAUAAAUAUGACAUACCAAUAUGGUACGCAGUAAAUGGGGAAGAAAUGGCAAUGACUUGGUUGCAUGAAUCUCAAGGUUUGGAUGUGGGCGAAGAAGAUCUCUUGGUUUUAAAUUCUGGUUCAAAAGGUUUUUACCGUGUCAACUAUAAUCUGGAAUUAUGGCUAAAAAUAACUGAUCAGCUGCUGAAAGAUCAUACAAUAAUUGAUGUGCGCACUCGUGCUCGGAUUUUAGAUGAUGCUUUUGCUCUUGCGGAAGCUAACUAUAUUUCUUACGAAAUUCCAUUAAAUCUAACACAAUAUUUACCGAUGGAGAGAGAAUUCCUUCCAUGGAGAAUGGCCUUAAAUGGUAUUGGUACCAUUUUGAAAAAUUUUGGCGAUGAACCUGAAAUUCAGUAUGUCAGAGAUUACUUGGAACCACUACUUCUUCCAUCAUAUAAUCGCAUCGAUUGGAGAACUUUGGAGACAUCCUAUUUGGUUGACGAGCUUUUCUUUGAAAAUGAACUGCGCUAUGCGAUCAUCCGACAAAUGUAUUAUCUGAGGAAUAUAAAUUGUACGGAAAAGCUAAAUGGCUUAUUUCUUAAAAACUUUUUUGAUCAGUGUCAAGAUGAAAAUGUUCUGAGCAGUGAAUGUAGCAAAGUUCCAAUACCAGUGCGAUCGCAAGUGUACUGUGAAGGUGUACGAGUAGGUGCGGAGAAAAUAUGGAACAAAGUGUUUCAACUUUAUAAGCAUGAGCGGGUUCAAGUGGAACGAGAGCGCUUGCUUGGAGCUCUGACGUGUUCACGCGAUUCAUUCAGUCUUAAAAAACUUUUGAAAGUAGCAUCUGAUCUGAAUGAUUCAUCGAUUCGAUUACAAGAUACGCCGAUCACAUUUCGUUAUGUUAGUGCUGGAGAUGUCGGCCGUUUGAUCAUCUUUGACUAUUUCCAGGACAGCUGGCCUCAGCUCUACUCAGAGUAA